AUGGAGACCCCCUACGUCUUCAGACAUCUCGAUUUGAGUACAUGCCGAGUAGCUCAAAUCCCAGAGAGACAGGUCAUUGAUGCAGGUGGUGAGCGCUGGCAAAAUGAGAGAAUGGACGAGUCUGUGACUGAAGAUGAGUUUUAUGGCGGGCCAUUGCGAGGGAUCUUCUCCCGUCUUGCGCGACAGUCACUUCUGGCAAGCGUGCGCACAUUGGUAUUAGAUGGUUUAUCUGUUCCGGCUGAUCUCAUCGCUGAGAUCAUCUUGACCGACCAGUUUAAUGUAAACAUUCUUUCGAUCAGGGAGUGCUCCCAUCUCAAUGAGCGGAAGCUCAUGCAGACGCUGGAAUAUGCCGUGCGUCCAACACGGCCGGCAGGAACUCCAAAAGUGAAGGGAAUCUACUACUUUACGCCGAAGGAGUCGACCGCAAAGCCGCGCCUUCGUCGAGGUUCAUCCCGACGAGAAUGGUGGCAGUCACGGGUCGGUGGCCAGACAGCAACAGCCUCAACGCCUGAUACAGACCAACAAGACGAGCAUCUGAACGAGUGGUACAGACCAUCCGGUAAGAUCUUGAAAGCCAAGAUUGAAAGUGGCUGGGCGCAGACUAUCAAGAAAUGCGAAGGUAUCAUCUCCUUUGACGCUAUAUUAUGCCGAGGUCCUAGACAUAACACCGACUUCUAUUCGACCAACAAGACACCAAGCACAGAAGGCCCUCUUCUUCCUGCCGCUAUUGCAACAGUCUCUUUAGGGCCUCGUGGCUGUGAUGGCUGCCGCACAUCUCCCGAAGGUCCCGCGAUUUGGGGCGAAUCUCCCGACUCUCAUUUCCCACUCCUUAGCCCUCUACCUCUCCAUGCCUCCAACAUUACCGAUGCUAAACGACCCGUGCCACGAAAUGAGACGGCCGUUAUGAUUGCGCACCGGGAGGACAGCCCAGAGAUCUCUCGCCAGAGAAACUGGGCCCAGGCGUUAGCCGAGACUGCUGGGAAUGCGGGCCUACUUGUGCAAGCUGUAAAGUUGAGCGCCAGCGUAGUUGCGGUACCUGCUACGGCGAGUAUUGUCUCAAGCACAACGACGGAUGUUCCUCAACAAAGUGCGACUGGUGCAACACGAGUUCCCGACGACUCAGCAGAGAUCUCUACUAGAGCGCAAACCUCACGAUCCCUGCCAGGCGACAAAAUCCUCCUCCCUCCCUCGGCGCUCGAACAGCUUCUCUCCGCGGCUCCCAUUGUACAGAGCAGUAUUGCGAGUCCACAACCAAACGCGCCACAGUAUACAUCCACUUUCGACCCGUUCAAUCCAUAUACCUUCGCCGCUGAAUCGAGAGCUCGCGCAAUAGACUCGUACACCUCGUCCGGCGGCGCGCAGCAACAGCCCCAAUUACCGCAUCCGCUCACUUUCCGGCUCGUGAAUCCACGCAAUGGAAGAGUUGUAUAUGCCGGUAUUCGGGAGUUCUCGGCUGAGGAGGGGCAUGUUUCGCUCAGUAAAUUCUUGCGGCAUGCGCUGGGAAUAGACGAAGAAGUAGAGAAUAGAGAAGAUGAAGAGACUACAGUCACGCUUCAUGCGCAACAGCUACCAAAAGGGACAUAUGUACGACUCCGUCCGCUGGAAGCAGGAUAUGACCCCGAAGAUUGGAAGGCAUUACUCGAACGCCAUUUACGUGAGAACUUCACUACGUUGACAGUUGGCGAGUUGCUUACUGUGCCCAGUGGACGGGGUCGGUUUUUUGAGUUUCUGAUUGAUAAGGUUGCGCCGGAAGAGAAGGAAGGGCAAGCGAAUGGGAUUUGUAUUGUUGAUACAGACCUGGAGGUUGAUAUUGAGCCGUUGAACGAGGAGCAGGCCCGAGAGACGUUACAGAAGCUUUCGCAAAAGGCAGCGAGGAAGCCGGGCUCGGAAAAGGGAAGUUCGAGUGGAGGAACGAUCCAAAGAGGCCAAAAGAUACAAGGACGGGUUAUUAAGGGGGAUUAUGUUGAUUAUGAGCUUGACAUGAAGGGUGGGGUCGGACGAUUGCAGUUGGAGCUUGAGGCUGCGGAUGGUGCUGAUCUGGACAUCUUUGUUAGUCCGUUCUCGUCAUAUCAGAGAGCCCGGCCUAGGAGCGACGAGCAUGUGUUUGGGGAUAUGUCGCCCAAGUCGUUCAAGUUCCUGGAGUUAGAUGCGUCUUUACCAGAACUGAUUAACGCAGAGAAGUUGUAUAUAUCUGUACAUGCUUUCCUUCUGCCAGAUGAGCCGGAAGAAGAUACGGAGCCGCCGUUUGAAUAUGCUCUUCGCGUGGCUGAUGCCAUGCAAGUCGAUGUUGGGGAAGAGAUUGCUGAUUCAAAUGAGCACAAUCCAGAUGAAGUACAAUGCAAAAACUGUCAGCAAUGGGUUCCGCAACGCACGCUUUUUCUACACGAAAAUUUCUGUCUCCGAAACAAUAUCCUCUGUCCAAAAUGCAGGAAUGUCUUCCAAAAAUCUUCGAGUGAAUGGCAGAACCAUUGGCAUUGUGAGCAUGACGAGUCAUACGGCAACGACGAGCCCAGCAAAGAGAAACACGACUACAUAUUCCACAAAAUGCAUACAUGCUUCAACUGCGACUAUACUGCAGAAAGUCUCCCAUCUCUCGCGCAUCAUCGCACCACCAGAUGCCCCGGCAAGCAGAUUCUAUGUCAAUUCUGCCACCUGGUCGUCCCUCAACAAGGCGACUCAGAUCCAGACAUGAAUGACCCUGAGGUUCUAUUGUCUGGUCUCACGCCUCAUGAAAUCAUCGACGGAGGCCGGACAACGGAGUGUCAUUUAUGUAAUAAGAUUAUUCGACUGCGCGAUAUGAAAACCCACCUACGCCAUCACGACCUCGAGCGUCUAUCAAGACCAGCGCCAUCGAUAUGUCAAAACGUGAACUGCGGUCGUACCCUCAAGACAUCAAAGGGUACACCACUGGGACUGUGCAAUAUAUGCUUCGCCCCAUUGUACACAGACGCCCAUGACCCCGAGGGCAAGUCACUGAAACGGCGAAUUGAGCGAAGAUAUCUCUCUCAAAUGCUUACCGGGUGCGGGAAGACAUGGUGCCGGAACGCGUAUUGCAAGACGGGUCAUGAGCGCUCUUCUGCGUCGGGGKCGGUCCUACCGACCUCCUCCAAGGAUAUUCUGCAAGUCGUCAGACCUCUGAUUGACCCGAUUAAUACGAAACCACCUUUGACAGACUCAGGCUCUAACGCAGAGAUACCUUUCUAUCUCUGUGCUGAUGAGACGAGCCAACAGCGCCGCUCGCUCGGGGAAAUGCUUGCCGCCGAGAACGUGUAUGAUCUCAGAUGGUGUAUUGCGGCGUUGGAGGGGAGUGGUGGUGAUUUGGAGAAGGCGAGGGAGUGGUUGAGUUCAUGGGCUCCUCGGAAAGAUGAGUAG